AUGGAUGUCAGAGCUGCUACCCAUGAGCAGAUGUACUAUCCGGAUAUCAAAGGCCAUAACGUCAUGACAUUCGUGAGCCGCUCAGCGUGCACUCAGAUCUCUCUCGACAAUAGAAAGAAAAGUAAACAAUGCUCCAGACAAUCCAUGGUAUCCAUCAGUAACAGCAAGUAA